UGGUUUCUGUGGGCCAGGAGGAACCAAGAUGCCCAACAAACAUUAGAGAUGGACUGGUCUGAUAAGUGUCAGGCCUACAGCUUUGAUGACGCCUGUGGAAGAAACCAUAACAUGAGUCCAGACACACACUUUAGAAACAUCAGAGCUGUGUUCAACUUUUACACACAAGGUUCCCUCGUUUACUGCAGCGUUUCUACCCCCUCAUCAUGGACAAAGUUUACUCAAGACAACCUGUCAAUGGCCCUGCAGGAGGAUCAUGCCACCAAGAGUCUCAGAACGCUUGUGGAGCAAAUGCUGCAGGACACCACUGAGGAUCUGAGGGUCCAAUGCGCCAGCGUGGAGCGAGCCUUCAGCCUGCACUGUGAGGACCUUAUUGAGGCCAAGACCCAGCUGGAGAUGAAGCUAGCUCAGACUUUGGAGCAAAUUGGUGCCCAGGAGAAGAACAUUGAGGUCCUACAGCGGGCCAUCCACAACAAAGAGGCUCCACUGAGGGUGGCUCAGUCCAGACUCUACCUUCGCUCUCUCAGACCAAACAUGGAGCUCUGCAGGGACCAACCCCAGCUCAGGUAGAUGCACACAAACAGAAACGUCAGUAUUAUGUCAUGUGUCCAUGUCCUCAUGUAUGAACUGUGUCUGCAGUUUGGAAGGAGAAGUGAGGCAGA